AAACGUAUUACUCUGAGUUCUCUGUAAACUUGAAACGUCAGCGCUGUAUUUCAAAUUUCCAACGCCAUAUUUUAUUUGACACCCACAAGAAAAAAAAAACGAAAAAUAUUUCAUUAAAAUUAACAGAUUUUUAAAAUAAAAUGUCUGAAUUGACCAAUUUUGUUGCAGUUUGUAACGAAGCGGAUAUAAAUAAUGACGAAGUUAAAGAGUACAAUUUUGAUGAAAACAAUAAGAUAUUGUUAAUACGUCAAAAUGAUCGUAUCUGGGCUAUUGGCGCUACGUGUCCACAUCAAGGUGCGCCUUUGGUAAGAGGCGUAUUGGGACGUGGACGCAUUCGUUGCAUACGGCAUGGUGCCUGUUUUAAUAUUAGAACUGGCGAUAUUGAGGAUUUUCCUGGACUAGACUCAUUACCGUCGUAUCCGGUUGAAAUAGCUGGAAACGGUGAGGUUAGAGUGCGUGCGAGAGUCAAAGAUUUGAAUAAGAUACGACGCACAAAAGAGAUGGUCGAGUAUGAUCAAACUGACGAACGCAUAUUUUUGUUAGUCGGCGGUGGAGUUGCUGCGGCUACAUGCGCUGAAACACUGCGUCAAGAAGGCUACACAGGACGCAUAAUAAUAUUGUGUCGUGAGGACAUAUUACCUUACGAUCGUACACCAUUAACCAAAGUUUGGCAAGUAGAUAUAGAGGAUAUAUAUUUUCGCGAUGCCGAUUUUUAUGAGCAAAAUAAUAUUGAGCUAAUGUUGGGUGUGGAGGCGAUUAAAUUGGACUCAACCAUGCGCACGGUUAGCUGUUCCAAUGAACAAAUGAUUACAUACGAUAAACUUUUCAUUGCGACUGGUUCGAAACCUUCCAAAUUAAAUAUACCUUGUGCUGAUUUAAGAAAUGUAUUCUCACUUCGCGAUUAUCGAGAUGUACAAGCAAUAGUUCAUGCAUUGAAACCAAAAACGAAUUUAAUUUUCGUAGGUGGUGGUUUCAUUAGUUUGGAAUUUUCAUCCAUAGUAAUUAACAAAGUAAAAUCGGUGCUUGUGAUUAGUAGUAAUAAAUAUCCACUGGCAGAUACCUUUGGCUAUGAGAUAGGUGAGAGAUUAUUACAAUUAUACCGUGAAAAGGGUGUACAAAUGAAAAUGGAAAGUAGAGUUAAAGAAAUAAUCAACGAUGAUGGCCUUAGAAUUAUCGAAGUCAGAACAGUUGAUGGCUAUAAAUAUCCCUGUGACGUAUUAGUCAUUGCAGUUGGUGCAGUGCCUAAUACCAGUUGGCUCAUCGAUUCGACAUUGCCCUUAAAUUCUGAUGGUACAAUUGAUACGGAUAUGAAUUUAAUGACUGUUGAGCCCAACAUCUAUGUGGGCGGUGAUAUCGCUAAUGCACCAAUUCUACCGAUUGCGAAUCAAAGAAAAAACAUAAAACAUUUUCAAAUGGCACAAUAUCAUGGUUAUAUAGCUGGGAUAAAUAUGGCUGGUCCUAUACAAGAACUACGCGCUGUACCAUUGUUCAACACAACACUCUUUGGUACAUAUUUUUUCCAUGGCGGUUUUGGCAGUGUACACGAAAUUUCCAUACACGGUGACUUGAAACGUUUAAAAUAUGUGGCAUAUUUAUUCGAUAGAGAUGGCAAUACCUCAUAUGUGACCACAUGCAGUUAUGAUGCAACGGUGGCCAAUUUUUGUGAACUGUUGUCGCAAGGCAAACGUUUACAUCGUUCCGAGGUGGUUGAUAAGUCCAAUCCACAUCAAUGGAUGGACAAAUUGGUCGAUACGCGACGUAAUCGUUGCGACUGUUGAAUUCAUAAUUUUUUUGUUCAUAAUUAGAAGAAUUUAUAUGCUUUCGUCGCUGUGUUUUUCUUACAUACGGCUGCAUAAAACUUUUACUAAACACAUUUCAUUUUUUUUUUUUAAACAAAUGCUUCAUUAAAUAUGUUGUUGUACGUACACUGAAAUAUUUUAAUAAUCAUGUAAAACACCGUUGUUUAAAUAAUUUAAUUUAAUAAAAAUGAAAUCUGUUGUUUGCGUAAUUUAAUUUUUGUGUUGUACGUUGUUAGGCUAAUCAUCACAAUUUUUCCAUAAUUCAAAUUGAACGCUUAGUAUUUGAUUAACUAGCUGAAGAAAACUACAUACACUAGAAUUGGCGAAGAAAAAAUGUCAAAACAGCAUAUUUUACAUUGAUAUUUUGUAGAUUUGAAGAAUACACAGAGAUUAACUAUAUUCUUUGUAUUUAUGUUUUUUUUUCAAUACACAUUUUGUCCAAACAUUGAAAUGGAGUUUUCUUUAUUAUAAUAGAAAUAAAGUGCAAUCAUCAUUAUACAUUUUAUCUUUACCAUAAAUUUGUUUUGUUUUGUAGGGUUUAUUUUUUGUUUACUUGCUUUAUAAUAAUUUUAUUUAAAUUAACCUUUUUGUAUUAGUUGUAAUUUGUUUUUGUUUUUGUUUUGUUUUUUGUUUUUUUUCUAGAUUUAUAUACGAUAUAAUUGUAGGUAUUUAGAGAUAGGUAAUUAAUUCUUUUGCUCCUUUUUCAGUUGCCACACAACUACGAUUCAUUUAUUUUGCUUUUACUUACUAGCUUUGCUUUUGUUUAUGUUUUUUGUUUUUUGUUUUUGUUUUGUAUACACCGUCUAUGCGCUUUCUGCCUGCCAUACAUGCUCUGCUUAAUUGUUUAGCGUUAAUAUUUAUUACUUGCAUAUUAAGUAAUUAUUUUUUUCCCAUCAUUUAAAAUGUACUACUUUCAUUAGUUUACAAUUUUUUAAAUUUGAUUUUUCUUUUUUUUUUGUUUUUGCUUGUUUGUUGUUUUCUAUAUAUAUUAUUAUUAUUUUUUUGUUUGCAUUUUGCAUUUUAUAACUUUUUUGUUUCAUUUUUACUCCCAUUCAUACUAGUACUAGUAUAAUAUAGCAUCAUCAAGCAUAUUGAAUUCGUCCAGAGUAUACAAGUUGUACAUCUAUACAGUAUGCUAGAGGAUAUAAUUUUGAUAAUCGUUAAACGAAUAAAUCAUUACAACAACAAAUAUUAAAGCAAUAGAGGGAGUUUGUAUAUAUAUUCAUAUUUCAGAAAGAUUAAAAACAAUAAAAAAAACAAUUAUUUUUGUUCACAUACUUUGCUUGUCAAAUUCAAUAUACCGAUGGUUUAAUAGUAAUAAAGUUGUUUCUUUGCUGGUUGGUUGGUUGGUUUCCGGUGUUUCUUACUUUUUUUUGUAGCUUUCUUUCUUGUGUUGCUGUUUUGCACACAACUUCUUUCUCUUCAACGACAUAUUUUGUUGUAAGUAAUUUUAAUUUUAAUAUUUCUCAAUUUUGUUUUGUGUGCAUGUGUGUUCUAUAUAUGGUUUCAUCUACUACUUUCUCCGUCGCACUGUUGUUUUGUUCACUAAUGUUGUUGCUUCAGGCCAAUUCAGAAAUAUAUUUUGUAUAAAUAGUACUUAUCUAAUACUUGCAGUCAAUUUGGUGCGAAAUUUAAAAUUCAUGUAAAUCAACAAAAGCACUGUUUACCAUUUUGUAAACAGUUAUUUACUAUUAAAAGCUUGAUACAAGGUUUCAUAGACAAUUCGCCUUUGCUUAUGGUCUUCGUAUAUACUGAAGGAAUAAUUAAAAAAGGAGUUGAAGUAUUUUACACAUUGCUGAUUUGUCUGUUAUAAAAUAUUACAUAUUUCCGAAUUGGUUUUUGCAUUUUGACAUUUUUGACAUUUUCCAUUUACAUGUAGUAAAUUUAAACUUUUGUGAGCGCUAGUUUGGUUUUUUUGUUUUUUAAUAUGUUGUAACUAUGUGGUGUAUGUGGUAUUUUGCUGUGGCAAAUAUUUGUCAUUAGUUAAAUAUUGCAUAAUUUGCAUUAUUUUUGUUCUUUGUAGAAUUCUCUCAAUUACUUGCAAACAUUAGAAGAAACUGUAACGGAAACAGCAACAUAUCAGAGUACUUCAGA